GGCGAAUUCGCUCGCGUUAGGACAGCGAUGGUGUAGCCGUUUUUUUUUUACACGACAUAAUGGACGGUUACGACGACGGAGACUUCCAUUCCACUUUGGAGCCGAUGGUGAUUAUCGACGACCAUGAAGAGGAAGAGAACUUUUUCUCGAAAUUACAAUUGUGUAGAAAGAGUCGCGAUUUUAAACACUGCCCCGAAAUAUCUCAGAUGGACAAAAUACGAAAUAAACGUUGCCAAACGCGAAACGAGGCUUUUACCCGACACCAAACGCUAGACGCCCCUUUAUCCCGGCCCGAGAUCACCAUAUUCCCCGUCAAGAGGAAACCCAACGUCAAAAUCAAACUCUUCCGGAAAGAAUACUCGCCCAAUAGAGACGAGGAUUCCAACGGCAAAGUGCAGAGCACCAAGUCCCAUCAGAGAACGCCGGUAAGGUUGAUAACGCAAGAGGAGGCGCGCAACACCGGGGACACGUACGCGAAACGUAGAAGCAGCCCUUUGGAAAAGUGCCCUGUGUGCAAGAAGUUUUUCAGGCGCAUGAAAACGCACCUGCUGAAACACGAGAUGCUGCGGCGCGGCGACACCGACGCCUUCGCCUGCUGCAUCUGCGCCAAAGUGUUCAACAACCAAAACAACCUGCAGAUCCACAUGCGGACCCACACGGGUGACAAGCCGUACGUCUGCGAGGUGUGCGACAAGUCGUUUUCACAAAGUUGCAACCUGGUGAACCACGUGCGGAUCCACACGGGCGAGAGGCCGUUCAAGUGUCCCCACUGCGACCGCGCCUUCACUCAAUCCGGCAACCUCAACAAUCACAUACGUUUGCACACCGACGAGAAACCCUUCAAGUGCCAUUUUUGCGACAAGGCGUUCGUGCAGAGCGGCAACCUCAGCUCCCACAUCAGGAAUAACCACCACCACAAUCAUAACCAGGGCCCCCAAUAAUAUUGGGUACUCGAAUAUUAGUUUCUAGAAAAGAUUUUUACAACGUAGAUGCGCGGAAGAACUCUGUGCAAAAAUAAAUCGAUCGGCCUUAUUCAGUUUUGCCAAAUAUUGAAAUGAAAAGUUUAGUAUUAGUUCGAUAUUUCGAACAUUUUCCGAUAAGGGGCGCAAUAUAUGAUCUCCAGUUUACUUUGUAUUAUACUUGUACAGCGAUGGCGUGAAGUUGAGUCUUAAUUCCGCAAAAAGAUAAUUUGCCUUUACUUUUAUCUACAGCUGCCCCCCCUCUCUUUUUUCACGAGAGGUGACUUUAUAAAAUAUAUUUGUGCGAGUACUCUAAAAUCACAUCUCUCGUAAAUAUAUGAUUGAAAAUUAUACUUUGAACGAAUAAACAAAAUGCAGUUGGAUAAAAUUGAAAUUUAAGCAUUUAUGACAUUCAGCAUAAUGUUCUUGAAUCCGAUCUGUUUUUUGUUAAAAUUUAGGUUUGUUAGAAGGGAUUGAGUGACAAUUUCUUCAGUGAAACAAUUUAUACAGGAUCCGUAUCAUCCCGUUUUCUUUUUCAUAUUAUUUCAUCAAAAUAUUUAUUUUGGAGGCUAUUUUAUUAUGUAUAUCUAGUAUAGUUAAUUAAAAAAAGUAUUUUAUUUACUUUAAGCAUCUAACGCUUUUUGCGCCCUCUUUGUAUAGAUACUUAAUUUACUGUAGCUAUUUAGAAACGGAAGGACUGUCAACUCUAUAGACUCUUAGCAACAAAAAGACUGUAUUUUUUACGUGUUCUAUUUUGUAUUUGGUUUUAUUUAUUUUUUUUUGAGUGUGCAAUAUUAACCUUUGGUUUGAUCUCUUAAUCGUCUCGCAAUGUUAUAAUACGUAUAAUACUCACAUCGCGUGAUACGACAGUGUUCUCUAUUGAGAAAGUACCUACUAUCCUACUAAAUCGUCGGAUUGUCCGAACUUUUUUUUUAUUAAUUCGCAUCUUAUUUAUUGUAAUCGAUAAUGACACGACUAAUUGCUUAUGAAUGAGAAUGUUCCUUUACUCUAGGUAAAAAUGCAUAAAAGAUUUAGACGAGAGUAUAAAAAUGUGUAGAUAGAAACAAAGCGUAAUUAUUGAAGAUUUCCACGAUGUAUUUUGCAUGGG